AUGUACUCUAACAAUAUUAAGGCUGAACUCGCCGGAGCGCCGGACUUUUGCGCGCUGCCGAGGCUCAGGACGCGGCUCGCGGGCAGCGCAACCGCCCGGCGCCGAGCCGGUGCUAGGCCGCCUCCGCUGCGCCUGCUUCCUUGCGCGCCGCUGGACGGUGAUACAGCGCUGCCGGCGGCGGAGCAGGCCGAGUUGGCGGCGGCGCUCGAGGAGAGUGCGAGGCUCGAGGAGGAGAGGCGGGCGCCCAACGAGCAAGUGUCCUCUUUGGCUGCAGAGAGGCCGCCUUCGGUGGAGGAGGAGGAGCCGCCGGCCGACUUCAUCUGCCCAAUCACGACUGAGGUCAUGAGCGACCCGGUGAUGGCGGCGGACGGGCAUGCUUACGAGCGGACGGCGAUCGAUCGCUGGCUCGCGACCAAGUCGACGAGCCCGAUGACGGGCGAGGAGCUCGAGUUCACUCGGCUCUUCCCCAGCCAUAUCCUGCGCCGGCAGAUUCGAGAGUGGCGAGAGGCGCAUCCAGGACGGUAG